UCUCGGUGGCGUUCGCAUCUUCGACGCUUCGGUCCCUCAAAAAAUAGAAAUAAAUUCAACAGCCGAACCGAACCAUUCUAAACUGAACUGAAUUGAACCGAACCGAAGUGUUGACUAUGAAUUUUUGUUGACUUCUCAUGCACUCGGGUCAGUUGCGUUUUGCGUUUCGUGCGCUGCGGCUGCGUUACUAGCUGAACUUUAGUUACAAAAGUAAAAAAUAUUUUUAAUUAAAUAAAAUAAUAAAAAAAAACUCUCUCAGUGAUCCAAAAUAAUUUGUAAAUUUUUAUCUAAAGUGAAUGUUUUAAAAAACUGUUUCCGUGACUCUUCAAUCAAAAACAAAGUGCGUUUUAAAGUGUUUUCUGUAUAAAAAUAGAACUACAAUAUUUUAACUUAAUUUAAAAAUAGCCAACAUUUAUCAGUAAAAUGUUUUCAAAUAAACAAGACAAGUACAGCAAAAAACUUCAAUAAAUUAAAUCAAAAUGUUAUUGAAACCAAAUGUGUGUACACCAGCACUGAACAGAUUUAAGCCAUAAUAAUGCAUUAAGUAUGCGCAAAUAUUUGCGGAACAUCUGUUGAAUAAUUUGCAUAAAUCAACGCUGGAAUACCUCUUUGGGCUCUAGUUUUGCAGAGUGCUCCUCCCCGAUAAUUAAUUAUUGAUGCAUCUGCUGGGCGGACUCUGCUCGGCUGUCCUUGGCAUCAAAGGAGGCCAAAGCAAAGCCCAAGCAAAAGCCAGUUGCAACAGUGAGUGACAGCCAGCAAUCACAAAGGACUUGCAGCAACAAUGGCCGGUGGCAACAAUGAAACUGCGCCGCUCUACUGCGGCAGUGGCAUGGAUAAUUUCCACACAAGCUACAAAAACAUGCAUGGCUAUGUUUCGCUGGUGGUUUGCAUCCUUGGCACCAUUGCGAAUACCUUGAAUAUUAUAGUGCUGACUCGCAGGGAGAUGCGCUCGCCCACAAAUGCCAUUUUGACUGGGUUGGCCGUGGCCGAUCUGGCAGUUAUGCUGGAAUAUAUACCCUACACCAUACACGACUAUAUCCUGACGGAUAGUUUGCCACGAGAGGAGAAACUAAGCUAUAGUUGGGCCUGCUUCAUAAAAUUCCACUCGAUUUUUGCCCAAGUUCUGCACACAAUUUCCAUUUGGCUGACAGUAACUCUAGCUGUUUGGCGAUAUAUUGCGGUUGGUUAUCCCCAGAAAAAUCGCGUCUGGUGCGGAAUGAGAACCACUAUAAUAACGAUAACCACAGCUUAUGUGGUGUGUGUCUUGUUGGUAUCCCCUUCGCUUUAUUUGAUCACAGCCAUUACGGAAUAUGUGGAUCAGUUGGAUGUGAAUGGCAAGGUGAUAAAUUCGAUACCCAUGACCCAGUAUGUAAUUGAUUAUCGGAAUGAGUUACUGAGUGCCAGGGCGGCAGCCCUGAAUGCCACGCCCCCUGCUCCAGCAUCGAAUGAAACGCUAUGGUUCAAUGUGAGUUCGUUGAUAACGUCGACAACCACUGUGCCACCGCCACCAACACCACCCACUCCAUCGCCAGUGGUGCGAAAUGUCACGGUCUAUCGGUUGUAUCACAGUGACUUGGCUUUGCACAAUGCCUCGCUGCAAAAUGCCACAUUUCUUAUAUACAGUGUGGUGAUAAAGUUGAUACCCUGUAUUGCAUUAACCAUACUCUCCGUUCGAUUGAUCAUGGCCUUAUUGGAGGCCAAAAGGAGAAGGAAGAAACUCACCAGUAAGCCCAUAGCUCCAGCUGCGAGUAAUGGAACCAAAUCGGUGAUCAAUGGGAAGGCUGCCGAUCGGCCACGGAAAAAUAGUAAAACUUUGGAGAAGGAAAAGCAGACGGAUCGAACCACACGGAUGUUGUUGGCGGUGCUGCUGCUUUUCCUCAUCACCGAAUUUCCGCAGGGAGUUUUGGGCCUACUGAACGCCCUGCUCGGCGAUGUUUUCUAUCUGCAGUGCUACCUGAGACUGAGUGACCUCAUGGACAUUUUGGCCCUGAUCAACUCGAGCAUCAACUUCAUUCUGUACUGCUCGAUGAGCAAACAAUUCCGCACCACAUUCACGCUGCUGUUUCGUCCCAAAUUCCUGGACAAAUGGCUGCCGGUGGCCCAGGACGAGAUGGCGGCCACUCGGGCGGAGCGUUCGGCGGUGGCACCUGUCCUGGAAAAAGGACAUCAGCGCCAGCAGCCGCAGGUGGUGAUGGCGACCACCACGACCAAUGUUACACAGGUGACGAAUCUGUAGCACAGGCGGCGAAAUCGUGGUCGCCGAACUCCGCUCAGCCGGCUGUUGAGUGUCCUUAAGCGGAGGCGAAGGGAGUCAUCCGCCGGAGGAGGAGGAGGAGGAGGGGUUACUGGAAAUGGGGCAGUGGAACCGGAAGCGGAUCCCCUGGCCCUUCAGUUCCAGGCCAUUGUUGUGGUCGUGGACAAAGUGAGCGGGGCCACGGAUCAUCAGCUAUAUACCGCUGAGCAGGCUCGAAUUGUGACGUAGUUACCCCGAUAAUAGAUAUAUUUACUAUAUAUACGCUUAGUUAUCCUUGUAAAAAGUAAACUAGUCGUAUAAGAACCCAACUAAACACGAGUUACUUGCAUACUUUAGGGAAGAAUCAUAAAACCCGAAUAGUGUAAUAAUAAUAAAGCGCUAUCUCAUCACUCAUACGCACCGUUGCGUUUUCCGCCAUUCUCUCUUUACAUUCAAGUGGAAGCUGUAAAAAUGCUGUGAAUGAAUUCGCACAUAUAAUGUACAGCUGUGAGCUAAAUAAUAGUUACAUUGGCUUAGUUUCACAUAUAUGGGCAACAAAAAAUGUUCCUAAAUAUUACACAAUUAAACUUUUUUUUUUUUAAAUCAACUUUAUAUACUAUUGGCUUUGUAGUAUACGCUUUUAUUAUU